AUGGAUGAAUCAAUGUGUACUGAAGCUUUUGAACCUCCAUGGAUGAGAGAUUUGUUGGGACCAAACAGGGAUGGCAAUCCAAACCUCAAUAUACCAGAUUACAAACCUCGAAUAGGUUUGGAGUUUGAUUCAUUGGAUGAUGCAAAAAAAAUUUACAAUGAGUUCGGAAGGAUUACUAGUUUCAGUGUUCGAAUUGAAUACUCUAACACAUGCAAAAAAACAGAGAGGAUCACUUCUAGGAGGUUUGUUUGUUCGAAAGAAGGGUUCCGAUGUAAAGACAAUAGGGAUAUCAAAACUAAAAAGCCGUGUCAAGAGACAAGAACUGGUUGCGAGGCACUUAUGACAGUUUUAUUGAAUAAAAAGAGCAAAAAAUAUGAGGUUACUGAUUUUUUUGAUGAUCACAAUCACCCACUUCAUAUUCAAGAAUGUGUCCAUUUGAUGCCUUCGCAACGAAAAAUUACAAAAGCUCAAGCAAUUGAAGCUGAUUUGGUAGAGGCCUCUGGGAUUAGAUUACGAUCAUCGUUUGAGCUUGCAUUUCGGCAAACAGGUGGAAGGGAAUGUCUUGGUUUUACUUGCCAAGAUUUGAAAAACUAUCUUUGGACCAAACGACAACGGGACUUGAAGUUUGGGGAAGCUGGAAGUUUAUUGGUGUAUUUCGCGGACAAAUCAAUGAAAGAUUCUUCAUUUCACUUUAAUAUGCAAUUAGAUGUUGAAGAACAAAUUACUAACAUCUUUUGGGUUGAUCCGAAAAUGAUAAUUGACUAUAGUGUGUUUGGGGAUUUUGUUAGUUUUGACACAACAUAUAGAACUCAUAAGGGUUAUCGUCUAUUAGCAGUUUUUUUGGGAUUUAACAAUUAUAGAAAGAAUGUUAUAUUUGGAGCUGCACUUCUCUAUGGUGAAACUGUUGCCUCGUUUGAAUGGUUAUUUAGGAGCUUCUUGGAUGCUAUGUCGGGAAAGAAACCGAAAACAUUUUUCACCGAUCAAGACUCUGCUAUGGCAAAGGCUAUUUCGUUGGUUAUGCCUGACACAUUUCAUAGAAUAUGCACGUGGCAUAUGAAGCAAAAUGCAAUUAAGCACUUGGGAAGUAAAUAUGUAGGUGAUCAUGGUGGGAUUGGUGCCGAGCUUAGUAAAUUCAUUUACAAUUAUGAGGAUGAGGAAAACUUUUGCAUUGCUUGGGAAGAAAUGCUUGACAGAUUUGAUGUUCAUGAUAAUAGUUGGUUGCCUACUAUAUAUGGGGUGAGGGAAAAACGGGCAAAGCCUUAUGUUAUGACAGUUUGGUCGGCUUGGGCUGAUACUACACAGCAUUUUGAAAGGGUUGUUGAUGAUAUUAACCACAUGGAGUUGGAAUGUGAAUAUGCUUCUCGUCAAAAGUUGCCGAGAAUUGGAUUACCCGUUCCCAUGUUGAUUAAUACAGGAGAUUUUUACACAAACCAAAAUUUUGAAUUAUUCAAGAUAGAAUAUUUGAAUAGCUUGCGUGCUUUUGCUUGGAAACAAGAUGAAAGUAACCUUUCACAUGACUAUAUGGUCAAGAUACCUGAUGAGCCUAUGGUUCGUGAAGUGAAAGCCAACCCACGAGGCCCUGAAGUGUCAUGCACUUGUCGAUUGUUUGAGAGAUGUGGAAUUUUGUGUUCCCAUGCUUUGAAAGGCCUUGACAUGAUGAACAUGAAAGAGAUACUAGAAUCUUACUUGUUGAAGAGAUGGGCAAAAAAAGCCAAAGAUGGAUUGGUGCAAGAAAAUAAUAGGUGUGUAGCUAAACAAGUUGUGGCUGAUUUGGAUAUGAAUGCUCGUUAUAGAAUGUUGUGCCUGAGUUUGAUUAAGUUGGGUUGUCGUGUGGCUGAAAGCAAAGAAACUACAUGCAUGCUUAUGAAAAAUUCUAUUGAAAUGGCAAAAAAGAUUGAUGAUGUCUUAAGCAAACAAGCUAGUGUGAACGAACAAGAAAAUGAUUCUCGUGCACCUUCAUGUCCACAAAAAUCAAGUGAAAAGGUUGCAGAAGAAAAUCAACCUCAUAACCCACAUGAUAAUAUGCCUCUCUAUGUGCCUGUGUUCGAAGAUAAGAACAUGGAUCAAAGUCCUCUCCAUCCACUGAGUGUUGAGAUACCCAAUUCCAUGUCAUGGAUGAUCCCAGAAACACCUCAAGCUUGGAACCAUCUUUCAUUCACUCAUUUGUUACAGGAGUCCUUACUUUGUCCUUCAAUUGAAGAUUCUAAAGGAUCCUCAAGCGCACAAUAUAGUGAAGAAGUGGGACUUGUCACUUGCAUCAGUUUGGAACACUGUUGUGUGGCUCAUGCUUAUGAACUUUGCCAUGAAGAUCGUGACAGAAACUGCGCAGAGCUUUCUGAAGGAACUGCAGGAAAAGGAGUUGGCCUCAUUGACAAAAACUCAACGUUUCUCUUUCCUUUUGCUUUCUCUUCUGCUGUGCCAUAUAAGAUUGCAUAG